AUACAUUGUAUUCAUCUGAAAAAUUCGGAUGCGACGAGAGUGGUGAUGGGUCAGAAAACAAACCAUUUAAAACUGCUCUGAAAGUAUGCAAUGUUUAAAUUUUGAAUCACUUUCCCCGCCUAUUCUCAAAAUCUAAGUGGUCUAUAUGAUAAUCUUAUUCAAAAUGCUUGUCAGCAGUCGUUAAUUUACUUUAUGUAAUAUAGUGUUUAAAGGUGAUCUACAGUCCGAUCUGCGCAUGUGCACAAAUGAGCCCACUUUUUAUGAUAGAAACAGUUUAACUAUGCUUUGAUUUCUUGAAAAGCCUGAUUGUUGUUUCUUGAUCAUUUAUUAUACUCUAGAAGCUUGAAAAUAUAAAUAGUUGUCGAAUAAAACUCAAUAUUUUGGACACAAAAAUGUAAACAAAGGCUUUCUUUACAUACGGACUGUAGAUCACCUUUAAACAAUAUCCCACACAGCCACACACACACACUUGAGAUGUUGCUUACAUAACGCUAUCCUGCAAGGAAAACCAUUUGGUAUUCCUGUAAACUGGUCAUUGAUUGUUUUUGUACGUUCUGCAACUAACCGAUUGCCGACUGUUAUAAUCCACCCUGCCUAAAUCCCAACUGCUGGUAUAGCAAGGAAUAGGUGGUACCUGAUUGUUGCAUAUAGACUACGUAGAAACUCCAUCUUAUCGACUUAUGGAUCAUCCUCGAAAUUAGCAUAAAUCCUCGUAGGCAAAAAAUUGCCGUCGAUAAUUUAGAGUUCGACGGCAAUUUUCUUUUACUGAGUGAAAUGGCAUCUUUUUGCUUCUCAAUACUUAAAAAAUAGAAGAUAUACAGUAUUUACCGCCUGUGCGCUCUCCCUCUGUUACACGACAUCAUUCGGCGAAAAUUGUUUGUAACAAUGUUAUUAAGCAACUACACAACAUGACUAAUAAGCGGAACAAUAAGGAAUAAAACAAAUAAUUAGGUAAGUUACAACAGCUUAAUCAUAUAGUGUACCGAAUUCUCUGUAAACACAGGAACGAGCAACUAAAGAUAAUCAUCAUUAUAGUCAUCUGUUCAUAUUAAUUAAUAAAAUAUAGCAACAAGGCUUUUAGAAGAAUCAUUCGAAUACAAAAGGUAAUGCCCGCAAAAAAAUCGUCGACGUCGAUGUUUUGCCGUCAAUAAUCUCAUUUUCGGCGGCAAUUGCGAUUUGCCCUCGCUAAUUUCGAGCACUGUCCAUGCAUGCGUCUACGGACAAAUUUUUAAACGAACGACUUUUUGCCCAAGUGCGUUCGUCCCUUUCUUGUAUGCUCACAAGGAAUGGGAGAAACAAAAUUAUCAAUAUUUAUCAUUGACAAAAUUAUCAAUUUUUUAGGCGAUGGAAUUUUGUGGAAAAGAACCUUUUCCCAAAAUAAUGGUUGACAGUAAAGAGAAAGGCAUGGUAAUUUUCUUUUGAAAUAUUUAUUUCAAUUAUUACUGAAACGAUAACUCGUAAACGGCAUCGUUUUUGAAACCAAGAUUGCGGAAUUUGAAGGCCGUCUUGUAGGCAUGCCCUAGGCCCCCACCACGGAAGUUCACCAAAUUCAGUAAGAUAAGUCGGCAUCAUUUCAUGUAAAUGUUUCAUGAUUUUUCAGUCUAUCGUUCAUUUAGUCAGACUUUACCCCCAAGAAACUACGGCGAGUGGCCUUUUAGAAUAAAUAAAUUUUAGAAACACUUCGCCAGCAAAAGUUUGUUUUUCUGGAUUACCUAUGAUUAGGGGUGUAACUGAUAGUGUAUCUGGCCGGAUAGUGGGAAAAUCGCACUAUCAAUUAUUCCGCCGUAUAAUUGAAGAUAUCCGGCCGGAUACUGGAUAUUGAAUUAUACGCAAUUUAGAAGUGUUGGUUGCACUUUUUGUCGUGAUUUACGAAGAAUUAAGGUUUCAUGUAUGUUGUCAUGGACAUUUCUUUUAUAAGCCACUUGAAUAUCAAUUUAACCCAAACCGGAUAAUUUGUGAAGCGUGCUAUUCAAUAUUUGUUACUUGUAAAAUAAUACAAAGAAGAUUGACACAAAAUGUCAAAAAGUACUUUUGUUAGCUAACAUGUUUAACCAAUAAACAGCGCAUGCGAAGUUUUAAUUUUGCUCUCUUUAUUGGGAUGCCAUGCCUUAUGUGGUUAUCAAAUCAUAUCUGGCAUGUAUGAAUUUUUCUCCAAAAUAUCCGGUAAUCCGGCCGGAAUAUUUUACAACUAUCCAGUAUCCGGCCGGAUAGCAAAAAGCACUAUCCGGUGUACACCUAGCUAUGAUGGAUUUGAAAAGAAAACAGAAUAAUAUCGACUGUAGCUGGAUUAAUCUUGGAGAACUGUAGAUACUGUAGGUAGGGAUUCAACCACCUGAAAAAUAGAAUUAGGGAAACUUCGACGUUUCAAGCAAAGGCCCGAGCAACAUCCCAAGUGCUUGGAUGACGCGCGGAAACCGUUUGCUAAUUGUUUCAUAGAAAAACUACAGUGAAACAACAGUGAAACAACGGUUAACUUUAUUAAAACGUUGACUUUAUUUAAACGUUAUUUAAACGGUUAUCUUUAUUAUAAGUUUAUUCACGUUUUUGUUAACUAUUUAAUAUACUGUUAACUUCACACGUUAAAAUGUUUUCUUUGUAAUCGAUUUUAGAAAAGAGAGGUUCAGAUUUGACUUCCACUACCGUUACCAUUAAGCGACCAUUUUCCAAUCAGAUGCAUUUGAUAUAUCCGCUUAACCAAUCACAUGCGUACUAAGCCAGUGAGAGGUAGCGGAAGUGGAAGUCAAACCUGAACCUCUCUAAAGCCCGUGCGACACACCUGUAGAUGUUAUUUUUGUGGAGGUAACCAAUUUUCAAAUGCAGCUAGGCUAAUGCCACAUUCUCGUACCCAGAGCCUGUCUCACACGCGGUCAACAGAGCAUGCAUGACAAGCGUCAAAGGGUAGGAGAAUGGGUUGCGCCGCAAGUGCAGAGCAAAAUUUAGCGUCUGAACGAGAACAAAAUGCCAAGUGUGCUGCUAGGGGCUUCCAUUGGAAAAUCCAAAACUCCAGGCUUAAAUACCUAGUUUUUUCAUGAUUUAUACUUAGCUCCAAAUGAUAUUUGGAGUUAGCCAGUAACUCCAGGCUUAGAUGCCUAGCCCCUAAAUGAUUUUUGGAGUUUUCCUAGCUCCAAAUAAUUUUUGGAGUUAGCCAGUACUCCACAGUUUGUAUUUCAACUCAGUUUUGAAUUACACAAGUUACUGAAGUGCAUAUUUGGUUUGGAGUUAGACCUUUAGACUUUGGAGGUAGCAUCGCUCCAUUGCUUCCUACUUUCCGCAGCCAUGCCGUGCGAAGGCAUUUAAUUAAAUUUUCCGUGUCUGGUCCUGCCCGGGUAUUGACCAAUCUCAAACUUAUUAAUAAUUCACGUGUAAAUUAGCCAGCCAUAUUACAGUACUUUAUUUCGCUCACAUGAUGAGACUGGAUAUCUGGUGAAGUAUAUAUUAAUCCAGUCCUUGGACUGGAUCAAAACUAAUUCACUUCACUUUAAGUAGUGAUUUAUUCGUAUGACUGUUAUUUCAAAUCCUCCAAUUCAGACUGGACUAGAGAGUCCUCGCUUUUUCACCCAGUCCUCGGCUUUGCAUCGGACUGGAUCAAAUCCUCUUAGUCGGAUUUGAAAUAAUUACAUCAAAUUGCGUGUUUCACUCUAGUUAUAUUAUAUAAUACCUUACACUGUGUUUGCAGAAGUUUGAGGAAAUCUCGAAAGCGCAGCUGAAGAAACUAACAAAGAUAUUCCAACAAGAACAAAGGAAAUCUGACAAGCGAGAAGAGAAGGAAGUAUGGUUUGCUGACUUUUUUUGUAUCUUCUUUAACCCUCUGGGUGCCAAGGUUGGAAAAAAUUUGAUAAAAAAUCUAACCAACAGGAUUCUGAAUACAUUUGAGACCGCCUACCAGAUUUUGGGGGCAGUUUUAAUUUUUAACCUACAUAACCUGGUUUUCCGAACUGUUGCUCAGGAGCAACAUUGGCCUUUACAGUAUAAAAUAGAAAUGAAAAAACUUAGAACAUACAAUAUGCAAAAUGUUUUGAAUAACAUAGUAACAAUUGGAUUUAAUAUGAAUAUAUAUUAUAUUAUCUACCUCCUCCACAGGCGGUUCAUUACAUAGAUGCGGGCAAGGAAAUUUAGGGAUUGCAUGGCGUGCCGCAGGUGGGAAAAGUAAUGCAGGUAACCGAAUAUAUCUAAAUUGAUUUUUCCACAUUAUUUUUCCCUAAAACUCUCCUCCUGCGUCUAAAUAAUUAAACGCCUGUGGAGGAGGUAGAUAUAUUAUGAGUAAUUUUUAUCAACUAGAUAUAUAAAGGAUACAAAAUCGUGCAAAUGUCUCAUCCUUCGCAAAGAACUAGUCAAAUUGUCAAUGUUCAAGCAAGUCUAUUUGCGGUGAUAUGAGGCAAAGCAGUUUUUAGGGGUUUUUUUCCACAGACUAAGCACAAAUAUACUUUGCACCUGAAGCAGGACCAAAAACUGUAACCAGUCGGACAGUUUCGGCACUGUCCCUUCUUCUCUAGGCACAUUGGCAUGUGGCCAACAUUGUCGAAUCGAACAUCAAUCAUACUCAAUCAAGUUUUAUUUCAUCAGAUGUUGUGUUAUUGUCCACAAAGUGA